AUGGUUCCAGGCCUUAUUGAUCUGCAAUUAGAUGCCAAGGCUCCGUCCAGAGUGCUAAAGUACAAAUCUGGCUGGUUACGGUGGCGCCGGUGGGCUUUGUCCAGGUUGGGUGUUCCCGAAGUUCUGACAAAACCUCUGCAUAUCGCAUUGUUUAUCUCUGAGCUAGCUAAACGUUCUUCCGAGAAUAGCUUCGGUUUAUCUCCCAUAGAAUCUGCUAUUUAUGCUAUUGAGUGGGGCCACGCAAUGGCCGGUAUUGAGGCUUGCCCUGUUAGCCAUCCUUUAGUAAAGUUUGCUUUAGAAGGCGCCAAAAGAAGGCUCGCCUGACCUGUUCAGCCUAAGGAACCGCUGUCGGUUAGUAACGUACAGGCGAUAGCUGCCCAUUUUGCCUCAAGCACUUCUCUUUCCGAUGUUCGUUUUUUAUCUAUUCUUUUGGUUGGUUUUGCCGACUUUUUUCGCAUUGCUGAGAUCAGGAAUAAAGCACUUCGUGAUGUAUCUAUACAUAGUGAUCAUAUGUCUGUUUAUGUGCCUCAGCGCAAAAACGACCAGUAUCGGGAAGGCCAUACUGCUUUUCUCGCUAGAACCGGCAAGGUUACUUGUCCUGUAGCUGUUACUGAGCGGUUGAUUAAGCUUUUACCACAGUCUUCCUCUGCGUUCCCAUUAGUUCGCAGAAUUGUCAAAGCCAGGUCUAAGGAGUAUUUUCAUUCUAGUUUAGGUGUUUCUGUUUCCACUUUAAGGGAGGAAUUUAAGAGGCAUAUUAUUUCCAGAUACGGCACGCACAGUUUGAAGUCUGGGGCGGCCCCUAAUCUGGCUUUUAGGAAGAUAGCUGGUGACUUGUUAGAUAUCCACGCUGGUUGGAGGUGCGAGUCCACUAAGCAUAGAUAUAUUAAGCACGUCCUAAGUGAGCGUUUAGCUGUAUCAACGGAUCUGUCAAUUUAA